AUCUAUUUACCAGAAGGGGAUAAAAAGGUUGAAAUUGAGUAAAAAAAGGGAAAAAUGACCAAUUCGAAUUGUCUAAUAUGUUUGUUAAGACCAAUUUUUACUUAUUCAAGUAUAAUAACCACCCAAAUUGUUUUAUCUUGCCCUCAUCGCGAUGAAAAGUUUAAGAUUGAAUACUCGAAGUUAUUUGGAGCGAUAUCGACCGUAAUAUUUUUAAUUUCAUUAACUUUAUUAAUCAUUUUUUACCAAAUUUUUUUAAAAAGCACCGAAAGCAUAAUCGAGGUUGUUUUUAUAAUACACGGAAUGUUUUCUUACACAAGGAUGGCGAAUUUAACAUUUUUCGGCCAUUUAAGAGUAAAAGAAAAAAUUAUGGAGUUAAAACAACUUGUUAAAGUGCUAAAUGAAGCUUCUUAUUAUGGAAUUGAAGUGUUUUUAACCGAAACUACGAUUCAAAGAUAUAAAACUUGGUCGGUUGUUGCGAUAACGGGAGCUGCGUUACUUGAAGGGGUUUUUUUAUUAUCGUGUAGUUUUUAUUUCGACACCACGUUAUGGACUUUAAUGGAGCAAACCACGAACGUUUUUUGCUCAUUUUUGCAUGUUAUUGCUGUUGGGAAUUAUAUUUUAUUUGGGUUUUUGUAUAAAAAGUUAUUUUCGGUUUGUUUAAAUGAAAUGAAACGAGAUUUGGGGGAAAAAAAUUGUUUCAUGGUUAUUAAUAAUAAGAAGAAAUUUAACAAAUUAAUUCGGUUGUAUUUAAAAUUAAUGAAAUGUUAUGAAAUUUAUGGGAAAAGUGCUGAAGAAAUCGAUACGAUCUCGUUAAUCAUGUAUAUAGCGAUGUUUAUUAACACCGCUUUUUUAAUUUAUAUUGGUUGUUACUACGAAACUAUAAAUUAUAGAUUCGUUUUUAACUCGAUGCAAUCAUUGAGUGGAUUUAUAAUAAUUUCUUUUUAUUUGUUUCAAAUCGAAGGGUUAAAGCACAUUGGAAAUGAUUUAAAAUCGUUCAUUUUUAAAUUUCCAAUUAAUUCGCUUGAUUCGUUUACCUCAAAUCAAGUUGAACUCGCUUUAAUCUUGCUGGAAAUUAAAACACCUUUGAUAAGACCACUACAAAUGUUUACAGUUGGAAGUUCGCUUAUUGUUAGCAUGUUUGCAUCAACAAUAACCUACGUUUUAGUUGCACUUCAAUUUCACGUCAUGUUUUCCGAUUAGUUAAAAUUAAAAACUAGAUGGCAGCAUUAAGUACAGUACAUAGUUUAGUAAAUAAAAGGACUGAUUGGAAGAGUUUCAAAAUUAAAAUCGAGAACUCCAUGAACCUUUCUACACCAAUAAGAAGCACUGAAGUGCAGUUAGAUACAUAAGUAGAGAUCAAACCUAGAGUCAAGGGCAAUAAUUGACUAAGCGACAAAUGAAUAAUGUUGAGAAAAACGGCAUUUUCGUUUUCAUCCCUCUAAAAAUACAAGACU